AUGCAGACGCAGCAGGGCCAGAUGGUCAUGCAGCCGAUGCCGCAGAUGCCGAUGCAGAUGAUGCCGCAGCAGAUGCAGCAGAUGCAGCAGCCGCAGAUGCAGAUGCUGCAGAUGCAGCAGAUGCAGCAGAUGCAGCAGAUGCAGAUGCAGAUGCAGCAGCCGCAGACGCAGCUGCAGCAGCCGCAGACGCAGAUGCAGCAGAUGCAGACGCAGAUGCAGCAGCCUCAGACGCAGAUGCAGCAGCCGCCGAUGCAGCAGAUGCAGCCGCAGAUGUUCGCGCAGAUGCAGCCGCAGCAGCCGCAGCAGCAGCAGCAAGCGUCGACCCCCUUGCAGCAGGGCAGCAGGCAGGCGCACCAGACGCCCGCGGCCCAAGGCGCCGCGGCGAUCGGGGCGCUGCUGGCGGAUGCCACCAGCGCCAGCCAGGGGCAGCCUUCCCAGCAGUUCGCGUUCAUGUCGCAGCAGCAGGCGCAGGCGCUGCAGCAGCAGCAGUCGCAGGAAUGCCUCGAGUUUUAG